CUGCGGGCUGGGCGGGGCCUCGGUAACGCGAUCAAGUAGCCCGGGGAACCGCCGGCGUGCGGGCCCGGUGGGCGGAGGCCGGGGCUCCGCUUCAGUUCGCCCCUGGUUGUCGGGCCGUCUGCCCGCCAUGCGCCCGCCGCCACUAGCCGCGAUCGGGCUGCUGCUGCUCCUGCUGCCGCCGCCCGCGGCCGGCUCCGACCGGAAGCGGACGCUGUGCCAGAGUUGCCGAACGGUGGUGGACAAGUUCAACCAGGGGAUGGCCAAGACGGCCAAGAAGAAUUUCGGCGGUGGCAACACGGCGUGGGAGGAGAAGACGCUGUCCAAGUACGAGUUCAGUGAGAUUCGUCUCUUGGAGAUCAUGGAGGGCCUGUGUGACAGUAGUGACUUCGAGUGCAACCAGCUCUUGGAGGAGCAGGAGGAGCAGCUGGAGGUCUGGUGGCUGCAUUUGAAGAAGGAGCACCCUGACUUGUUUGAGUGGUUCUGUGUACACACAUUGCGAGCGUGCUGUCUUCCUGGCACCUAUGGGCCAGACUGCCAAGUAUGCCAGGGUGGGUCCAAGAGGCCCUGCAGCGGGAACGGCCACUGCAGCGGAGAUGGCAGCAGACAGGGGGACGGGUCCUGCCAGUGCCAUGCAGGAUACAAGGGACCACUGUGCUUUGAUUGCAUGGAUGGCUAUUUCAGCUCACUGAGGAACAAGACCCACAGCAUCUGCACAGGCUGUGAUGAGUCCUGCAAGACAUGCUCAGGUCCAACCAACAGAGACUGCGUAGAGUGCGAAGUGGGCUGGGAACGUGUGGAGGAUGCCUGUGUGGAUGUGGACGAGUGUGCAGCAGAGACACCUCCCUGCAGUGACACACAGUACUGCGAGAAUGUGAACGGCUCAUACACAUGUGAAGAAUGUGAUUCUACUUGUGUGGGCUGCAUAGGAAAAGGCCCAGCCAAUUGUAAAGAGUGUGUGUCUGGUUACACCAAGGAGAGUGGACAGUGUGCAGACAUAGAUGAAUGCUCACUAGCAGAAAAAGCAUGUAAGAGGAAAAAUGAGAACUGCUACAACACUCCGGGAAGCUUUGUCUGUGUGUGUCCUGAGGGGUUCGAGGACACAGAAGAUGCUUGUGUACAGACAGCAGAGGGUGAAGUUGCAGAGGAAAACCCCACACAGCCACCUUCCCAUGAAGAUUUGUGACAGGCACCCAGGGUCAGAAGCCAGACUCACCCUUUAAGUUAUUGAGAAGUUGUCCUGUAGACAACGAGGACCAUGGUCAUCAACCCCAUUUCUCCAGGAGGACGUUGGAGGGAGAAGCUGCAGUCUCUAAAUGGUUGAUACUCACUUGGCCCUUUAAAAAGCUGCAUUUCUUGGUUGUUCUUAAACAGAUUCAUAUAUUUUGAUACUGUUGUUUAUAAUAAAAUUGAUCAUUGAAGGUGGCCAGGAA